AUGUCGAAAAACGAAGCAGAUAUCCUGGAGAAACAAGUCAUGGAUAAAGGUACUGGAAGUCUUACUGACGCGCCUUCUGCGAGCGAAGACGCCCUGCGCCUUGCACAGCUUGGACAUGAGCAGGAACUGAGAAGACAAUAUUCUCUGGUCUCUUUGAUUGCACUUUGUCUUUGUCUUGGGGCCACUUGGGAGGCUCUAUCAACUGUCGUUGCUACCGCUUUGGUCAACGGAGGAGCGCCUUGUGUUUUCUACAACUAUAUUCUGUCGACCAUCUUUUCGCUAUGUGUUGCUGCUUCUCUUAGUGAGAUAGCUUCUAUAUAUCCUACUGCAGGAGGACAAUACCACUGGGUAGCAGCCCUCGCCCCCUCCUCGAUUUGCUCCUCCGCAUCCUUCAUGACCGGCUGGGUCAGCAUAGGCGGCCAGGUAGUCUUGACUGCCUCCGCAGCCUUUGCAGCCGGUCUCGAAACACAAUCACUUAUCAUCAUCAACGAUUCUUCAUAUAUACCAGAGCGAUGGCAGGGCCUUCUAUUCUACUGGGCUGUCUUGAUAUAUGCCCUUGUGCUCAAUGUCUGGGGUCACAGAACUCUACCUUGGCAUAACUACGUGUCUGGCAUUAUCCAUGUCCUUGGCUUUGUCAUAGUUGUUGUCGUUCUCGGUGUGAUGGCGCCUAAGAACACUUCUUCUUUCGUAUUCAAGGAGGUCACCAAUCAAAGUGGCUGGAGCGACGAUGGUGUCUCGUGGCUAGUUGGCCUUUUGAGUACUGUUUAUCCUUUCCUAGGAUACGACGCUGCAUGCCAUCUGGCCGAAGAAAUGCCCCACGCAAGCCGCAACGUUCCAAUCGCGAUGGUAGGUAGUGUCGGCAUUAACGGUUUCCUUGGAUUGGUGUACGCGAUCAUCCUUCUUUAUUCCGCCGGUCCUCUAGAGACCCUUGUCACAACCCGCACGGGAUAUCCCUUCAUGCAAAUUUUCCUCGACGCAACAAAGAGCGAGGUCGGCACUACCCUUCUAUCCCUGUUGAUCAUACUCGUCGCCGGGGCUGCUACCGUCGCGGGUACUACGUCGACGUCGCGAACACUGUGGGCCUUUGCACGGGACAGAUCUACUCCGUUUGACAAGCAGCUCAGCAAAGUCAAUCAGCGGUACGAAGUCCCCGUCUAUGCCGUUGUUGUGACGGUCGUGCUGCAAAUGUUGCUUGGCUUUAUUUACCUUGGUAACACGACUGCCUUCAAUGCAAUCUUGUCCAUGGCCAUCAUCGGGAUGUAUAGUAGUUAUGCAUUCCCCAUCAUCGCUAUGCUGUUUUCCAGAAAGCGUCUUCAAUCUGUCAAUGCUUUUGGUCCCUUCAGGCUUGGACGUGUUGCAGGUCCUAUGCUCAACGUCAUUAGCUUGAUUUGGAUCAUAGUUGUUGUGGUGUUUAGUGCUUUCCCUUCCGUCAUGCCCGUUACAGCACAGAACAUGAAUUACUCGACUGUUGUCAUGGCUGGCUGGAUACUCCUGGGGGGAUUGUAUUAUGUUAUCUGGGGAAAGAAGAAGUAUCAAGUACCAAAUGUUGACAUGGCUGUUCUGGAUGGUGCUCGGGAUUCGGUAUAUUAA